AUGUCCGUUACUGAAAAUAAGUCGUGGCAGGACUUUGUUGACUCCAGUCUUCAGGAGAAGAUUCAUGAGGAGAGGAUAUGGAUGGAGAAGAUGUUCAGCAGCCUGAAGACCGAGGUGGAAAGCUGGAUCAUUGAGAUGCAGCAGGAGUGGAGGCUGAGGGAGAGGACUCACAGAGACCAGGUCUACAAGCUGCUGCUUAUGGACCUUCCUCAGAGGAAGAGAGCCAUUGACCGCCUCAGAGAGAUGGACCUCCUCAACAGUCGGCUGGAUAGAGCGGAGGACAGAGAGGAGAGAUGGAAGUCCCUGAGAGAUGCCUGCCUGGUAAACAAGCUGAGGGAGGAGAAGAAAAAUGAGAAUGAGAAAAUUAUGAGCUUGAAGGCAGAGCUGGAGCAACAGAAAACAGAUGUGGACAGAAGGGAGAGAAAGGUGCAGCAAAUGGAGAGGGACAUCCUGACCAAGACAAAUGAAGUCAAUUACAAAGUAAUCUCUGUGAACCGAAAGGUGAUCGCUCUAAGGUCUAUGGCUGAGAACAUCAAAAAGGAGCAAAAAACCCUGUUGAGAAUCCAGGGCAGGCAUGAACACCAGGGACCAGGUGAAGAACUCCUGACUAGUCCACAGAACCAGGGUGUGAAAAUGCACACUUUGAGGAAACAGGAACCCUCUAAGGUUAGGAAGCAAUCCAAUGUGGGUGAUUGUGGUGGAGGGGGGUGA